AUGGCAACAGCCUCGCGUUGCCACAGCAACGGCCCAUGCCUUCCGGCGGCGGCCGGAAGCGGUGCUGUGCGCGGCGCCAUGGCCCCGCCGUGGGCUCGGGCUCGGGCUCCGGCUCCGGUCCCGGCCGCCGCUGCCCUCACGCUGCUGCUGUCGUUCGGUGCCUCCGUGCCUGGGCUGCUGCGGGGAGCUCCCCCUGCCCGCUCCGCUGCCGCGCUGCGGCCCGCGGCCCUGCGCGCCGGGGAAGUUUACAGGUUGAUUACCUACAUCUUUGUCUAUGAAGACCUGAUAUCGCUGACCUGCGGUGCCAUUAUCAUCUGGUAUUUUGCUGGCAGCUUUGAGAAGAACGUGGGCACUGUGAAGCACUGCUUCCUCACCGUCGCCUUUGCUGUCCUCUCUGCCCUCCUCUACCUGUUACUCGAGCCCAUUGUCUCGAGGGUGUCAGAGGUAGAAGAUGCCAAAGGAUUCAUGCCAGUAGCUUUUGCUACGCUGGGUGUCUCCACCACCCGCUCACAGAUGAAGAGGACUCUCUUUUUUGGGGUUAGAGUCCCAGUGGUGCUGGUGCCAUGGUCUGUGCUCUGCAUUGCAUGGUUUAUCCCUCAUUCUUCUCUCUUGAGUAACCUGUGUGGGCUCUUAGCUGGGGAAGCCUAUGGGCUUGGCUACUGUUUCUGCUUGGAUUUUCCAGAGUCGGUGGGCUCUAAGCUGGACCGGGUGUUCCCUUUCAGUCUGCUAAAGAGGAUACCAGGGCUGAAAUAUAUCCCAGGGUCCUCAGCAGAGAGAAGAGCCUUGGAAAGCAGCAAGAUUAACCCUUCACCAGGCACUUACCCAACCCAAAGCUACUACUGCGCUUCGCCUCCGGCUUUUCCUGCUAUCCAGAUGCAGCAUCCCAGUGUUCAGAGCCAGGGGUUUCAACACAGCUGUGUUCCAGGCUAUGGUGAGGGAUUUCAGCACAGCCACGCUGCAGGACAGAGCCUCAUGUCUUCCUCCUACCAAGCCAGAGGUGCCUUUGAAGGGUGCUACAUGCAGUCCCACACUGGAGCAUCGUCUGGACAGUGCUGCCAGUUCUCCCCUCCAUCACACACAUGCCUGACUGACCCACAGACACUUGCAGGCCUGGUGCCCCCGGCUGGUGUUCAGCAAGCACUGGGGUAUCCAGCACCCACAGGGGCUCCUGUUCCAGCUGAACUUUCAGGGGUCCAGGUGUCUUGAUCCUCCAGAAAGCAGCAGGACUCUCGUACCAUGCAGGACCAUCGUGCAGCAAUGCAUUGCUGGCAUCUUUGCUGGUGACUAUGGAAUGGGCUGGUAGGUCCAGCGUAAACCAUUCCCCUGCUCCCUGACCCAGGAGGCUUUAUUGUAUUUCUUUAAUAAUUAUUUUUGUAACUCUUUUGGAUAUUGCUGGGGGUGGGACUCAUUUCUGUGCUUCUCAUCCUUUUGGAGUCUUGUUUUCAUUGCUGUAUUUAGCAGUUGCCUUUUUCCAUGCUUCCACUUGAGCUGUAGUGCAUCAGCUCUCUGACUCAAGCUGGGAACCCAAUUGCCAAAACACUGGACUAAUCUGGGGUUUAACUAGGCUGCAGUGUUAUGAUGUGCUCCAUCUCUUAGCCUUAAUUUCCUAUCU